AGAUUCUCUAAAAUUAAAAGUGGGGUGUGAUGGGGAAUAGAAGAGCACCAUGCUGUGACAAAAGCCAAGUGAAGAGAGGGCCAUGGAGUGAUGAAGAAAGUGAAAGACUCAGAUCUUUUAUCCUCAAAAAUGGUCAUCAAAAUUGGCGAUCUCUUCCCAAACUCGCUGGAUUGAUGAGAUGCGGAAAGAGUUGUCGUCUAAGAUGGAUAAACUAUCUGAGACCAGGUCUCAAACGAGGCAACUUCACCAAGGAGGAGGAAGAUACCAUUAUCCACCUUCACCAAGCUUAUGGAAACAAGUGGUCUAAGAUCGCAUCCAACUUCCCGGGAAGGACAGACAACGAGAUCAAGAAUGUAUGGAACACUCAUCUCAAGAAGCGGUUGGUGAAGAGGAGCAUUUCAUCAUCAUCAUCCGAUGUUACCAAUCAUUCAGUGUCUUCUACCUCUUCUUCCUCUUCCUCAAUCUCGUCAGUCUUGCAGGACGUUAUUAUUAAGAGUGAGAGGCCUAACCAGGAAGAGGAGUUUGGGGAAAUCUUGGUGGAGCAAAUGGCAUGUGGAUUUGAGGUGGAUGCACCACAAUCACUAGAAUGUCUCUUUGACGAUAGCCAGGUUCCUCCUCCUAUAUCUAAACCAGACUCACUACAAACCCAUGGGAAGUCAUCAGAUCACGAAUUUUGGAGCCGACUGAUUGAACCAGGGUUCGAUGAUUACAAUGAGUGGCUCAUUUUCUUGGAUAACCAAACUUGCUAGAACACACAAGGAGUUGACCCAUCAUGUCUUAUUGUUGCAUUGUCUUUUUUCCUUUGUUUUAGAUAAAUUGAGAACACACUGUUUUUGUAAAAGCUAGUAUUGGAAACUAAAAUGUAAACGAGUCAGAAGCUAGAAUGUAAACGGUUGGGGACAAAACCAUAUUUCACAUUAGAUAUUUUGAUGAACUUUGGAAACACAAAAACCUACGAAGCUGUCACUUUCUGCAUUACAAAAGAUUUUGCCCAUCAAAAGUGGGAGGUUAAGAAAAUGAUCAUCCACAAUCAUCAGCAUUUUCUUCUGCAAGCAGGUUUUUACUUUUACAAAAGGCUUUUUUACUACUCUAUUUCUGAGAUAUCCGAAGCUAAUGAGCAAUCAUCAAGGCCUGAGGUAAAGAAUGGAUCAUACCAUUGUGAACAGCUUAUCAUCUCUAUCUCUGCUGAAUUCGCUUUCUCAUCCACCUCCUGCUCCUCCUC